AUGGAUAAAUUCGAUAUUAAAACGGCAACCUCUUUGAUCCCCGUAAUGGAUAAUACGGAGGAAAUUACUGAAAAUAUUAUUAACGGAAUUGAGAUGUACAAUGAAUAUCUUGUAGAUGUUACUCAGAAAAAAUUACUCAUCUCUUUUGUUUUAAAAACCAGGUUAUCUAAGUCUGCUAAAUUAAAGCUAAAGAGCGAAUAUGAUGACGUGACGAGUUUAAUACAAGACAUUAGAAAGUUUUUACUAACAAAAAAAUCUGCAAAUUCGAUACUAACACAAUUAAAUAAUUUAUCGCAAAAUAACAUGUCCAUUCACGAAUUCGGUGAUAAAUUGUCUGAGUUAUUUGUAAGCCUCACUAUUGCACAAAGCGACGGAAAUCCGAAGUCUUGUGAGAUAUUGAGACCUAUAAAUGAAAAACUUGCAGUUAAAAGGUUUGCAGACGGAUUACGCAAUAGGAGACUGAGCACAAUUAUAUCGGCACGAGACUACUCAAGCCUGAAGGACGCAGUACGUGCUGCUGAGGAUGAGGAGCUGGGACAGCCUUCGUUGUCCAACAACAUCUUCAACGCACAAAGGAGAGGUAACCAAUUCCCAUAUUAUAGGUCUUCACUAAGAGGUAGAGGUGGACAAAUGACUUCUAGAGACGGUCAGAUAGCUGAUAAGGAAUGGACUGUAAAAGCUAGAAAUAGAAAAAGUUGGGGCAAAAUGGAGGAGGCCUUCACUCGUAGAGAGGUCCUUAAUAAUAAUAUCUGU